AUGUAUCCAUACAAGAAGCAGACUCCGAACACGAGGAAACUUCCUGUAGGCUGGACGUUUGCGGAAGGCAGGCGUCCCCUGCAUGAAGAGACCAUCUUUGAUGAAGUGGUCGAAAUCCCGCUCAGAGGCGGAGUCAAGAUCUACUGUGACAUUUUCAGGCCUGUUACAGAUACAAAAAUCCCCGCGAUAUUGGCGGUAAGCCCAUAUGGGAAAAAUGGGCAUGGUUUCCGUAUCUUCGACAACAUUCCCUUUCGGCUCGGACUUCCAGAGAGCGCCACCUCUGGUUUGGAGAAAUUCGAAGGACCCGACCCUGCCGAGUGGUGCCCUCGGGGCUAUGCAAUCGUCAAUGUAGACAUCCGAGGCAGCUGGGACAGUGAAGGCGACCUUUAUAUCGAGGGAAGUCAAAUGGGUGUGGAUGGCUACGAUACAGUCGAAUUCAUCGCAAAACAGCCAUGGUGCAAUGGUGCUGUUAGCAUGUGUGGCAAUUCCUGGCUGGCAACGGAGCAGUGGGCGACCGCUAUCCAGAAGCCACCUUCACUCAAGUGUAUAGCGCCUUGGGAAGCGUUCACGGAUAAGUAUCGCGACUUGAUCUGUCGCGGCGGCGUUCCCAAGGUCAACUUUGCCUCAUUCAUUUUCAAUAAAACGGUUCGCGGGCGAAAUCGUCGGGAGGACAUUGGUGGAGCGCUCGAAAAGUGGCCUCUUUUCAAUGGAUACUGGGAAGACAAAGUUUAUGACACCAGUGAUCUCACGGUGCCUAUAUAUGCGCUUGCAAGCUAUUCUUCGGGGAAUCAUGGUUCUGGUACUGUGAGAGGCUGGAACGCGGCAGCCUCGAAAGACAAAUGGAUCCGCUUUCAUCCGACCCAAGAGUGGUUCGAUCUUUACACGCCAAGGUACAUCGAUGACUUGCAACGAUUCUUCGAUCGGUAUCUGAAGGGCAUCGACAAUGGGUGGGAGAAAACUCCUAAAGUCAGAGUCUCCAUUCUCACAUAUGGAAAUCGUUUCGAGCCUGGCCCGAGAUGGGACGUGCCGUUUGCUGACUAUCCAAUUCCGUCGACCGAGUAUCGUAAACUCUACCUGCGAGACUCUGGAAAGUUGAGCACCUCACCGCAAGCGAGCGAGGACUCCGUCACCCAUCAUGUCGAUGGCUACCAAGCAAAGCCGUCUGAAUUUGUGCUGACCUUCGACAAAGCGACCACACUUAUUGGUCAUUCCAAGGCAGAACUUUGGAUGUCUUGCAGAGACAAGGACGACUUGGAUGUUUAUGUGUCCAUUCGCAAGCUGAGCAAGAGCGGAGAAGUAUUGGAACACGUAAAUGUACCGUGGGAAAAUCUGCCCGAGGGGGUCAAUACCCAACACGAUGUUCCGAUGGCGCAAACAGUCAAGUACACUGGACCCACCGGCAUCCUCCGCGCUUCGCAUCGCGCGAAGGACCCGGAACGGAGCACCCCCAUGAUUCCGUACCACCCGCACGACAAAGAAGAAAAGGUACCCCCAGGCGAAAUCGUCAAGCUCGAGAUCUCUCUGUGGCCCAUGGGUAUCCAUUUCGAAGCCGGGGAGAGCCUGCUGUUUCGUGUUCAAGGCUUCAUUGACACGAGCUCAGACUUCCCCAGCCACAUCGAAAAGAAGCUCGAUAAUCUGAAUGAAGGUCGGCAUACUAUUCAUUUUGGAGGGAAGUAUGACUCGACGAUCAUUGUACCUGUUGUUGCGUUGCCAUCACAAUAG